AAAAAAAAAUCUUGUCAACUAAAAGUGCACGUAAGCUCCUGAGUCACAUAUCUCGGUUUCUUCUCGCAAACGUUACACCUAGAGAACAGGUCUCAUCUGGCCACCACUGAGAGAGCAAAAUGGGGUGCUUCUUUUCGAAAAAAUCAAAAAGAAAGUCGUCGGAAAAAGAGGAACGCACACCUACAACAACGACGGUCGAAACUACGACGACAAGCAACGCGGUUCCCCUUGGCAACAACACCGACGAGCCACCAAAGCAGUACAGCUGGGAUAAGAGGGAAAAGGUUGAUCCCAAAGACUACAUGCUGACAGGGCUCAAAGAUGUGACGGUGGGCCGCCUGCCUGGCAAACUGAACGGGCAGCAGUUUGUCAUACAAGAGUGCGAGAACUGCGACAUCUACGUGUUCGACCACUCGGCCACCAUCACCAUCGACGACUGCGUCAACUGCCGCAUCGUUCUCGGGCCCAUCAAGGGCAGCGUGUUUUUCAGAGACUGUAAGGACAUCAAGUGCGUGGUGGCCUGUCAGCAGUUCCGCACGCGGGACUGUAAAAAGAUGGAGGUGUUCUUGUGCUGCGCCACCCAGCCCAUCAUCGAGUCAUCCACAGGUAUGAAAUUUGCUUGCUUUCAGUACUUCUACCCCGAGCUUGCCUUCCACUUCAAAGACGCCGGGCUGAGUAUAUUCAACAACAACUGGAGCAACAUACACGACUUCACUCCGGUGUCCGGAGAGAACAACUGGAGCCUGUUGCCGGAGACUUCAGCUGUCCUGGAUUUCGUGCCGGCCCCGGGCUCCGAGUCUGAGUUCAAGUCGGUGCGAAUCUCCACCGAACCCGCACGCAGCAUUGUGCCUUUGACGAAAGGAGGAAGGCGUAAAGACAGCGAAGAGUCCUGCCUUUUUGUUUUCUUUGCUGGAGAGUACACGACUGCCAACGCCCGCAAACUGAUUGACGAGGCGACCGCUAAAGGUUUCACGCUGAUUCAGACAAAGGAAGUCUCAAUGCGACCAGAAGAUGUGAAGAGGGUGUUUCAGAAUAACGCAGACGACCUGGUAGAGUGGAUCACCAAAGGUCCCGUCAUCGCUCUGGAGCUCAACGGUGACGGAGUGGUAGAAGCCUGCAAGAACACUGCAAGCGAAGUGUUCAGUGGGACCAAGGUUUACGUCUCUGAUAAUAAGAACACAUCCUCUCGAGACGUGGACAACUUCUUCAACUUUGCUGACAUGCAGAUGGGCUUGUAAAUGAGUUUCAGAACAAAGCUCUCAUCAGACUGAUUUAGAAUGUCUAAAAAAAACCCUGCCGUCCAGUUUGGGUUGUUUUAUAAGUAGCAUCCAAUUAUUUGCCUCUUUUUAUCCUAAAACAAAAAAAAACUAGGUAGAAAAGGAAACCAUUAAGGACUGUGUUUGAUAACGCCUUUGAUAGAACAAGAAGUUCAUCAACCAUGAGUCUGUCAUUGCAUCAUCAUCUAAAAACUAGGAGUAAAACAUUCGCUGUAAACCACAUAACGUCCAUUAGUUGCUAACUAAGCGUGCUGUGAAUAUUUAUAUUUCUCUGAAUGUAUGUGCUCGUUCUGUUGCUUUUAUCAACUGUGAAUGUAGCUCUUUGCUGUAAAUGUGAUUCUUAAUUUAAAGCUUUGUUUUCAUGUAAACAUGCCUGAAACAAUCUCUGCAGUGUGGGGGGCGGGUGGGGUGGGGGGGCACAACAAUGCCUGAGGAUAAAAUAUUUUAUAUAUAAAUCAAUAUUUUUAACUCUGAUGAGGAUUAAUGUGUGUAUGUGGUUUAGAUAAUGGACUGUGUUUAAGUUGUGUAUAUUUGAAACAAGCUGUGUAGAUGAUAACUACAUCUUUACUGAUUAUAUGCUAGGCCAAAGUUGAAUCGUGAAAGGCUGAGCGCAUGUCUGAACUGAUCAGUUUAUGCUGAAUACGUGUAAAUGUAAACAAGUUCAAAAUUGCUGUUGUUUUUUUGAUGUAGGCAAUUCAUGUGAUCAGUUUUUUUUUUAUUUUGUAAUAUUUGUUUUAUACUCUCUACUGAAUGUUUUUGUAUAGAAACAAAUUGAUGUUCGUUAUAAUUUUUAGUAAACGUUUCUUUUUGUGUGA